AUGAAUGGACGUCUGUCACUCGAACACGAACGGCCAAAGCAAGCGCCAUUGUCAAGACCUACGCUGGGAACUAAAGGGGAUAAGGCGGCAACGGUCGACGACCGUGAAGCAAUGGCACAAAAGACAGGACACAUCGACUUACCCUUGCACGAGGACGAACCAACCCACUGGAACCACCGCAAGACAACACCAUUGCCGGCGAAGAGUGCCAAGUGGACCCCACACAGAGUGGACGCCCAGUCACUCUCCUGCAAGCAGCACCGGCAAAGGUGUCAUCGUCAUGCAUUGGAAGAAGAAAACCAACUCAAAAUCGGCAAGGUGUCAACAUCAAAAAUCAAAAUGGAGAUCGUCAUCGUUUCUCUUUGGCAAACGGGAACAACUCAAAAUGAAAAUCGAAAUGAUCGGAGCGCCAAGAUCCCUACGCAUUUGCCAGGUCAACAACGACCGAAGCGACGCACUACCACUAGUAAGCCGACAACAACAACAACAACAACAAAGAAUUAA